GUCCAAACCCUUUGAAACCCUAAGGAAGGAGGGAGAGACUCGGAGCGACUCCGGUGAACCCUUCAGAGAAAAGGAUGCCSAACUGGGGAGGAGGAGCCAAAUGUGGCGCCUGUGAAAAGACAGUGUACCACGCCGAGGAGAUGCAGUGCAACGGGAGGAGCUUCCACAAGUCSUGCUUCCUCUGCAUGGCUUGCAGGAAGGCUCUGGACAGCACCACAGUAGCAGCUCACGAGUCCGAAAUCUACUGCAAAACCUGUUACGGGAGGAAAUACGGCCCCAAAGGCGUGGGCUUCGGGCAGGGGGCCGGAUGCCUCAGCACCGACACCGGGGACCACCUGGGCUUGAAUCUGCAGCAGGGGUCACCAAAGCCCGCUCGCCCUUCKACACCAACUAAUGCUUCAAAGUUUGCCAAAAAGGUGGUGGAUGUGGACAAAUGUCCCCGUUGUGGCAAAUCAGUGUAUGCUGCUGAGAAGAUCAUGGGAGGAGGAAAACCUUGGCACAAGUCGUGCUUCCGCUGCGCUAUUUGUGGGAAGAGUUUGGAAUCCACCAAUGUUACGGACAAGGACGGAGAGCUCUACUGCAAAGUUUGCUAUGCAAAAAAUUUCGGUCCCAAAGGAAUUGGRUUUGGUGGCCUCACUCAAGUGGAAAAGAAAGAGUGUGAAUGAGAAGAAAUGGAUGCAACAGACUCAAGGCUGCUGUUGAUGCCACCAAGUGAUAGCUGUCAAGUAAAACAUUGAACAACACAUAUUGCUAAGAAUCUAGGGCAUUUGAUUCAGAUUUUACAGCUUGCAGGAAAAAUUUGUGAGCUUUGUAUCUUAAGAAAUUCUUAGAGUAGGUUAAAAAGGUACAGCGAUAGAACAAGAUUCAUGUUUGUUUUUAGUAAACAAAGACAAAAAGAACCUCAUGGAACAUUAUUGCUUCUUAAACUUCUUUAACACAUUUUAGAUUGGAAUUUUAGACUCACAAUGCCCCAUCAGGAUAGGGAUCCCUUCUGGAGUGCAGGGUCCAGGUGUUCCCAGUUAACUGUAUUUUCCUUUGUUCACAAUGUUACACUGUCUGUAAYCCCACCAGUCUCCUAAAUGAGUUUUGAAUGUGCAUUUGUGUUACAUGGUAGAUGUUAUUUGAGACAAUUAUAAAAGGGAUUUGAAAUUCUCUCUCUCUCUCUAAGGGAGGUAUUUCUAAAAAACCCAACAUUUUCUCAGAAUACACUGUUGUUUUGUCUGAUUGCAAGCUGCAAUAAAGUACUUACUG